AAACGAGGAAAUUGAAUCACUUAAAUACCCGAACGUAUGGAUCGGAGUCAUGACAUCGAGUCAGUUGCCCGUCAAUGGUGUGAAACCGUUUGAGAUGUGUGGCCAACAAUUGGUGGCCUUCAGGGGUGCGACGGGUGCUGUGCACGUGUUGUCCGCCUACUGUCCACAUUUGGGCGCAAAUCUCGGUGUCGGCGGACAUGUGGUGACUGAGUCAGAGUCGGGCGACGACUGUAUUCAGUGUCCAUUCCAUGGCUGGAGGUUUGGCGGAGACGGACAGUGCAAACGCAUACCUAAAAUCGAAAAUCUAGAACAUUUUGGCUACGUACAUCACGUACUGAUACCAAACGUGCUAACUUUGGAUUUUGAGUUUGACACCGAUUAUGGUGAUGGACCGGUACCCAUAAUUACAGGUAUUACUACCCUGAAACUAUUUGGCCGCAAAUUGUUGCGCAUGCGCACCACUUCGCGUAAAGAGUCGCCCGUUCAGGAGAUGGUGUCGUUUGGCUAUAUCCACGUCAAUGCAGUACAGGUGCCGCUCAGCCACGACCGGACAUUUAUCAUUAUUGGCCUGUAUGGGAGCCGGUGCCGGAGCCGUAAUAGCCGGUUGAGAGCCGGGGCCGUUCAGAGCCGCUGCCGGUUCAGAGCCGCGGCUCUGGCUCUACCGGCUCUGAAGCCGGAGCCGGUGUCGCGGCUCCGGCUCCAACAUUUCAAUCACUACAAAGUACAGUAUAGUAAAAAGUAA